AUGAUUCAUCACCUGUCCCCGAUAUCUGGAAAAUUCUACUCCCCCUACGACAAAUGGGAGAAAACAAAGAAAGCUAUAAAACUCAAGUGUCAAAGUCGUGUGAUCACAAUUGAUAUGAUUAUGAACAAUAAAUUUUGUUCGAAACGUCAUCCAGUAAAUAAUACUGUUUCACUGUGUGAUAUACCUAAUAAACAAACUAAUAUGGAAUUACUUACUACCACAGUGCCCAAGUUUUACACAUAUAUUAAUAUGACUUAUGGUCUUCCUGUACGAAGACUUAUCAAUAAACUCACUCGACUUUCACAAACUGAAGCAAGAUAUGAAAAUCAUCGUAUUUUCAACAUUCGAUGCCAAAAAAAUGAAAUCAUUCCUAAAUAUCUACGUCUACGAGCACCAGUUCCAUCGGACAGAGUUAGAAGCAGAAUAGAAGGCCUACAAAAAUUAUGCCUGAAAGAAGAAAUCCACAGAAUCGUAAAAAAGUUGCAACAUAUCAGAUCUGAAAUUGAGCAAUUAAAACAAAAGAUAAAAGGAAUAGUUACCAGUACAGAUUAUGAUCUUAUAACGCAGUCCUCCAGCAUUGCAAAAUCAGCAACUUUCAAAAAGUCAAAAAAUAGUCAAAUCAAAAAGUUCAACAAAUUAUUAGAAGAGAAAUCUACAUCUCAGAAUGAUGAAGUCAACAACAAAAAGUCAACGGCGAUCGAUAAAUCAAAGUGGGUUGUCAAUCUCUCAACACAUACAUUAAGUCCUACAGAAAUAAGUGUAUUAGAAAAGGGACUAAAUUUCAAUGUAUCUCUAGACAAGCUGAAACCUGAGGAUGUCAUCCCUAAAAUAGAAAUAGCACUAAGUGGGAUAGACAAAACUACGGCUGAUGAAGUACGGGCACAAUGUGCACUAACACUAAAACGACAAAAAUGUGGAAAGCCUAACCUGACAAAACAAGAGAUAGAAGCCUUGAAGCACCUUAAGAAUAACAAAGAUAUAGUUAUCACAAAGUCAGACAAAGGAAAUGCAACAGUGGUAUUAGACAAAUCAGACUAUUUGGACAAAGUAAAUACUCACAUACAAACAGGACCAUAUGAGGAAAUUAAUAAACCAAUAGAUACAGUUAUGAAUAAAGUUAAGAAAUCCACAGCGGAUCUUAUACGCCGAAUGAAGCCGUUUCUAGGUGAGUCUAAGUGGUUUAAUUUAAUGCCCAAAACUAAUAACCCCAGUAGGAUGUAUGGUGUUGUUAAAGUUCAUAAGUCAGGAUACCCUAUUAGACCUAUAGUUGAUUUUAGAAAUUCACCUACUUAUGAAUUAUCUAAAUAUUUAGCCAUGGUAUUAAAUCCCUUAAAAAGCCACUCGAAAUCUAGACUAACUAAUUCUUAUGAACUAAAACAUAGAUUAGAUAAUUUAAAAUUAGAUAAUGAAGAAAAAAUGGUUAGUUUUGAUAUUGUCAGUUUAUACACACGUAUACCAAUAAAUAUGGCUAUAGAGGCAGUCAGAAACGAACUCAUUUCUGACCAAGACCUCGAACUUAGGACAAAAGUGCCACUUGAGGACAUAAUGCUGGGAGUACAGCUAUGCCUGACUUCCACAGUAUUUAAAUUCCAAGGGAAAAUAUACAAACAAACUGAGGGAGUUGCCAUGGGAUCACCAAUAUCCCCAGUGGUAGCAGAUAUAUUCAUGAAUAAGUGGGAAAGCAUAGCGAUUGAAACGUUCACCCCCACCCCAAAAGUAUGGUGGAGGUACGUAGAUGACACAUUCACGGUACUUAGAACACAAGAUAUAGAUAGGUUUUUCGAACACAUAAACUCGAAGGUUGAGGCAAUUCAAUUCACUUAUGAAUUGGAAAAUCAGGAAGGGGAGCUCCCAAUGUUAGAUUGCAACGUAAAAAGGAAAGAAGAUGGGAAGUUAAACACUAGUGUUUACAGGAAACCCACACACUCAAACAGAUAUUUGGACUUCCAAUCAUCCCAUCCUAUGUCAGUAAAAGUAGGAUUGGUGAAAUGUUUAAAUGACAGAGCACAAAAAUUAAGUAGUACCAAAGAAAAUCUAAACCAAGAACUGAUACAUAUAAAAGAAGCCUUGAAACUUAAUAAUUACCCGGAUAAAUUAGUCAGGAAAUAUGUAAGGAAAUGUAAAAAUAAAAUAAAUAAUGAUAAUAGCGAUAGUGAUUAUAACAAUAAUAAUGAUAAUAGUGACAAUAAUAAUAAUAUUGAUAACGACACCAACAAUAAAGAGUCUAAAUCAUCAGUAGUAAUUCCAUACAAAGAAGGAACCUCGGAAGCCUUACGCAGAAUUCUAAACAAGGCAGGAAUAAAAACGGCAUUCAAACCCACAAACUCAAUUAGAAACAAGCUUUGUCGGCUAAAGGAUCCUGUAGAGCCUUUAAAACAAAGCAAUUUAGUUUAUCUAAUACCCUGCAAUGAUUGUCAGGUCAAAUACAUAGGUCAAACUAGUAGAACAGGGGCAGUCAGACUAGCUGAACAUAAAAACUUAGCAAAAUCUAGAUUGGUUGACCCGAAUAAAAUAAGAAAUCUAGAGAAUAGUUCAGCUAUAGCACUACAUGCAGUCACACACAACCAUACAAUAGGAUGGGAUAGGAUGACAGUUUUAAAAUCUAAUGUCACAGGGUAUAGGGAGAGAUUGAUAACAGAAGCUUUGUUUAUCGAAUCAACUGCAAAUACAUGUAAUAGGAAUGAUUCAUCACCUGUCCCCGAUAUCUGGAAAAUUCUACUCCCCCUACGACAAAUGGGAGAAAACAAAGAAAGCUAUAAAACUCAAGUGUCAAAGUCGUGUGAUCACAAUUGA